UGGACGAAUCCUUUUAGUAUGUUUUGAAAUAUCCGCGCAUGCGCAGUGGGGAGCGGUGUGUCUCGACUGGGAAAAUGAGGACAAGUGAGUUUGAUUCAUCUGACGAAGAGGAUUUUGGGGAAGAGGAAGCCACACCUCUUCAGAUCUCAUGGUUGUCUCUGUCAGUGGUGGAGUGUUCCCAGUCUCUUGGCAUCUGUUCCUUACCUGGAUGCAGAUAUAAAGAAAUCAGAAGAAACCUGCAGAAAGAUGUUGCUGAGAUGUGUGAUCAGGGUGUGGAGGACGUGUUUGUGUUCUGUACCAGAGGAGAGCUGGUGCGCUACAGAGUGCCAAGUCUGUUAGAGGUUUAUUCUCAGAGUGGGCUCAGGGUGCACCACCUCCCCUUCCCGGACGGGGGCGCUCCAGAGCUUUCUCAGUGCUGCUGCAUUCUGGAAGAACUGCAGGACUGCCUGCAGAAUCAACGCAGGACUGUCAUACAUUGUUAUGGAGGUCUGGGACGCUCUGGACUAAGCAAUUGCUGCAUGUUUGCUGCUGCAGCUCUCUGUCGCCAUGACGCCCACUGCUGCUCUGGAAAUCCUGAGGGAGCUGAGAGGGGGUGGAGCCAUUCAGACUGUCAAGCAAUACAACUUCCUUCAUGAGUUUAGGGAGAAGUUUGAAGCAUAUCAAGAAACCAAAGAGCGGCUUUCAGAGAGAUCAGUGUCCCGAUGAUCAACCUGACAUUCAGAUGAUUUGAAAACAGGGAUUGGUUGUUUUGCUUUAUGGAUGUUCUCUACCUUGAUUAUGAAUGCAUUUGUUUCUAUUCUGAUGGCACUUUAAAAAUUCUGUACUAAGUUGAUCUAAUAAUAUUGUGCUUAAUAUAUAACUUUAACUUUGCAAUUAAAUGAGCCUUUAUCACGUAAA